AUGAGGAACCCCAGCAGUAGUGUAUACAGAAGUAAGAGCAGGGUGGCUGGAUAAUGACUGUACAGUAAAUCAGUGUGGCUGAAAAAACGCUUCCCUCUUCUCCCAGCGCUGAUGGACGACGCCCAGAAACACGGUAUCCUCAUUAAGGACAAAUAACCAGACAGUCGAGGUUCGUUCCCUCGGUUCCUCCCCGGUCCACCGUCACCUAUGAUGGAACGGGCGAUGGAGCAGCUCAACGUACAGCUCAACCGGCUGACCCGCUCCCUCCGCCGGGCCAGGACUGUGGAACUCCCGGAAGACAAUGAGACUGCAGUAUACACACUCAUGCCAAUGGUGAUGGCUGACCAGCACAGGUCGGUGUCAGAGCUGCUGCUGAAUUCAAAGUUUGAUGUGAACUAUGCCUUUGGACGGGUAAAAAGAAGUCUGCUACACAUUGCUGCCAACUGCGGGUCAGUGGAGUGCCUGGUUCUGCUGCUGAAGAGAGGAGCCAACCCUAACUACCAAGAUAUCUCAGGCUGCACCCCCCUCCACCUGGCUGCUAGGAACGGACAGAAGAAGUGCAUGGGCAGACUACUGGAAUAUAACGCUGAUGUCAACAUCUGCAAUAAUGAGGGGCUGACUGCUAUCCACUGGUUGGCGGUAAAUGGCCGGACGGAGCUCCUCCAUGACCUGGUCCAGCACGUGUCCAAUGUGGAUGUGGAGGACGCCAUGGGGCAGACAGCUUUGCAUGUAGCCUGCCAGAAUGGACACAAAACUACGGUGUUGUGUCUCCUGGACAGUGGAGCCGACAUCAACCGGCCAAAUGUCUCUGGAGCCACGCCUCUCUACUUUGCCUGCAGCCACGGCCAAAGAGACACAGCACAGAUUCUGCUUUCCCGAGGUGCCAAAUACCUUGCUGACAAGAACGGCGUCACUCCCCUUGAUCUCUGUGUUCAAGGUGGAUAUGGGGAGACAUGUGAGAUUCUCAUCCAGCACCACUGUAGACUGUUCCAGACCCUCAUCCAGAUGACACAGAAUGAUGACAUCAAAGAGAACAUGCUCCGGCAGGUUCUAGAGCAUGUGUCUCAGCAGAGUGACAGUCAUUACCAGAGGAUCCUGACCAGUCUCGCUGAAGUGGCAACCACCAAUGGACACAAGCUCCUCAGCCUCUCCAGCAGUUAUGAAGCUCAGAUGAAGAGUCUGCUGAGAAUUGUUCGUAUCUUCUGCCAUGUUUUCCGCCUGGGGCCUUCAUCGCCUAAUAACGGGAAUGACAUGGGAUACAACGGGAACAAGACUCCUCGCAGCCAGGUCUUUAAGAUCUGUGUAAGAGAGCUGCAUGAGGAGAGGGCACAGACGGACCAGUGUUCCUGGAGAGGUUUUGGUGCCCUAGAUCCAUUGGAGUUGCUGUGGCACUCGCUGGACGAGUGGCUGGUGUUGAUUUCCACAGAGCUCGACAGGAACAAGAAGAAUCCCUCGUUCUCCUCCUCCUCAGGGAGCGAGAUCGCCUCCCUCCUCCUUAAACAGCGCGAGGUCGACCCCUCUGUCUCUGCGCCCAUGCUCCCCUCCUCGCUGGACCCUCAGGUUGUCAUAGAAACAUCAGAGGUGUAUGCCGAUGGGGAGGAUGUCAUCUCCAUGACAGCCAAUCGCCUCAGCGCCGUGAUCCAGGCCUUUUACAUGUGCUGCUCCUGUCAGAUGCCACAAGGAAUGACGUCCCCUCGCUUCAUUGAGUUUGUCUGCAAGCAUGACGAGGUGCUGAAAUGUUUUGUAACCAGGAAUCCAAAGAUCAUCUUUAACCACUUCCACUUCCUUCUGGAGUGCCCAGAGUUGAUGUCACGCUUCAUGCAUAUCAUCAAAGGCCAGCCCUUCAAGGACCGCUGUGAGUGGUUCUAUGAGCAUCUUCUGGCUGGGCAGCCCGACUCAGACAUGGUUCAUCGUCCGGUCAAUGAGAACGACAUCCUGCUCAUCCACAGAGACUCCAUAUUUAGGAGUAGCUGUGAGAUGGUUUCCAAAUCCACCAAUGAAAAACUCAAACAGGGAAUUGCUGUCCGGUUCCAUGGCGAGGAGGGGAUGGGCCAGGGUGUUGUUCGGGAGUGGUUUGACAUCCUGUCCAAUGAGAUCAUCAACCCAGACUAUGCUCUCUUCACUCAGUCCGCUGAUGGCACUACAUUUCAGCCAAACAGUAACUCAUCAGUGAACCCAGAUCAUCUGAACUAUUUCCGGUUCGCGGGCCAGAUCCUGGGUCUGGCACUCUACCACCGACAGCUUGUUAAUAUCUACUUCACCCGCUCCUUCUACAAACACAUACUAGGAAUCCCAGUAAAUUACCAGGAUGUGUCGUCCAUCGAUCCAGAGUAUGCCAAGAACCUCCAGUGGAUCCUGGACAAUGACAUCAGUGACCUGGGCCUGGAGCUCACCUUCUCCGUGGAGACAGAUGUGUUUGGGGCAAUGGAGGAGGUGCCACUCAAGCCUGGGGGCACCAGCAUCCUGGUAACCCAGGACAACAAGGCGGAGUAUGUCCAGUUGGUAACGGAGCUGAGAAUGACACGAGCCAUCCAGCCUCAGAUAAACGCCUUCUUGCAGGGAUUCCACACAUUCAUUCCCCCCUCGCUCAUCCAGCUUUUUGACGAAUAUGAAUUGGAGCUACUGUUGUCAGGGAUGCCAGAAAUUGAUGUACAGGACUGGAACAGGAACACCGAGUACACCAGUGGCUAUGACAUUCAGGAGCCAGUUAUCCAGUGGUUCUGGGAAGUGGUGGAGAGCCUUACCCAGGAGGAACGGGUUCUGCUGCUUCAGUUUGUCACUGGAAGUUCCAGGGUCCCUCACGGCGGCUUCGCCUUUCUGAUGGGUGGCAGCGGGUUACAAAAGUUCACCAUUGCUGCAGUGCCAUACACCUCCAACUUACUGCCUACCUCCAGUACCUGCAUCAACAUGCUGAAACUCCCCGAGUACCCCAGCCAGGAAGUCCUCAGAGACCGCCUGCUGGUAGCGCUGCAUUGUGGGAGCUACGGGUACACCAUGGCGUGACCAUCAUGUCAAUUCUUGCUCCUGCUCAGCACAAGUCAUGUAUCGUGGGGUUUGCAUCUGCCACCGUGGGGAAUUACUCGUCAGUACACAGACCCUCUUCCCCUUUUUGAUAAGGCGCUGCUUUUGCUGGACGAAACAUAUGGAUAGAAGAGGGAAAUAUGAAUUCUUAAAGACUUGCUGGAGAGGCACAGCAGAUGGAAAAGGAGACAACCAGGUUGUGUUGCAGGCUCAGCCUCCAACCACUCCGUGGUGGGGUUUGACCUAUACCAGUGCAGUGCCGAUACCAAUAUUUAUUCAUUUGAAAGCUGCUGUAAUAGCCAGUUAUUUGUGCAGAUGCCCACUUUUUUAUUUGGUUGUUUUCAUUCCAAAAAAAAAAAAAAAAAAAAAAAAUACAGGUCAGGGUAGAAAAGCCUCUGUAGCGUUGAUACUAAGGGACCGUAUCACUUUGCUGAAACCCUGAAUUAAAAAACAAAACACAUAUUCAUGGAUACUUGUGGGAUCAAAAUACUGCAUUAAAAUUAAUUCAGGUUCUAAGCUGCCAACAAACAGCCAGUGUAGUAUUGAUCAGUUCUACAGUAAUUAUGAAAUCAGUCAAAACUGCAUCAUAUCCAUCAUAGAAGAGGUAGACAGCACUGAUUGGACCAGAUCCCAUUUUUAAUAAACGAUCAAUAUUGGCUGCAUCUAUCCGCAUAUCAAUACAUUAGUCCAACUAUGAAUGAUAUUUAGUCAUUACCUAAAUUUGAGAUGGAAUUUUGUGUCAUUUCACUCCUUCCUGUGUCCAACUCUCAUGUUGAGGUUGCACAGGCCCUCUUGUCCUCUAUCUUAAUGUAUUAAAGGGAUAGUUAAUCCAUUUUUAAAGAUUUGAUAUUAUCUCACUCCCCUCUAGCUGUUCUGUAGCACAGUAGUGGUGCUCUCUUCCUCCCAUUGUGACUGAGUGCUAGAUACUGGCGGGAUGCUCCAAAUGCUAAAAUAACCCCCUUAACCACUUCACAAGUGAGGCAUUUUAAAACUAAAAUGCACAUAAUGACUACCACGUGCACACAGAUGAUAGUUUUGAUAAAUUUACUGUUUAAAAAAUUAAGUUAGUUAUCUGGGGGGAAGUCCGGCUCAGUGGCAGGAGGCUACCAGUUAGCAUUUGGAGCAUCCAGCCAGUAUCCAGCACUCAGUAACAAUGAGAGCAAGAUAGCACCACUACUGUCCUACACAACAGCUAGGGGGGAAGUGAUAUAAUGUCAAAUUUUUCAAAAUUGGUGAAAUAUGCCUUUCAGAUAUUAAUAUAAGGCCAGUACCAUUCCUAUACAUUGAUCUAAUUCUAUGCUGAACUGCCAAAACAGGUUGUCAUGGCCAACCAAAUACAAGGAUUCAACAACAGACCCAAGGCACAAGCUCUGCCAAACCAUAGCAGUCUUCUUUGCUGUGCUAAAAGAGGAUGUGUGUGAGUGUGGCUGUCUGUGAGUGCAUAUGCAUGUAUGUAUGAAUGCAAGGUGUCUUGUCCUCAUCCCCUUUUACCUAAACCAGGAAUGCUGGUACUUGUGUGUGUCUGAAAAGAAGCGGUAGACUAAAUGCUUUGAUGUAGGUAUUUGAAAUAGGGCCGUGCUGUUUUACAUUUACAUUCGUCUACAUAGCUGCCUUUCCCUUUCCCCGACAUAAAAUGCAUGCUGCACAUUGUUUACUUUGUGUGAGAUCCUCUGGCCUUUCACUGCUUUUGCUUUAUAUUUGAACUGAUUAGUCUGCUGUCAUCUAUUGCUGUGCUUGUGUGUCUGUGGCCUUGUAGUUGUGAAUAGCAAUCCUCUUGUGAUGGUUUUCUUUUCAGACCUGCGCUGUAUUUCUCCGUGUUCAGUACACUUUCAGGGCUGGAGGAGCAACGCAGCGUAUUUACAUGACAAAUGUUUGGUCAGCAGUGCCAAAAAGCAUAGCUGGAUUCCUUUUGAAUAGCUUUUUUUCUUCUUUUUUCCCGCCCACACAAACAUGCUGAAAAUUUGUGGUUUUAUUCUUAAAAGGGACAGGGAUUAUAUGUCAUGAAUGUAUCAAAGGCAACGCGACCAGACUUGCUGAGUGAAUCGACUCCUCUUUCCUUUUGUAUCGGGAAUGUAAAUAGUCAUUCAUAUUUCAUAUUAUCUAUCAGUAUUGUUUUGAAUGCCUCGCCUAUUUUGCUUUUUUAACCAGAUGUUAAUGUUUAUUGAAAACAGAGCCUUUAUAAAUAUUUCUGCAAAUGUCUUCAAUAUCAAAGUAUGUAUUUUACCAUAAAUAUCAUAUGUUGUGCUUAGAGAUUUUAUCCAAUAAACCUGUUUUUUGACAAGCAGA